AAGUCUGCUUGACGGCCGAAGGCAGAAUAGGCACCAAAAGACAGGGGCUGCAACUUUCAUGACAAACAAAAACAACUGGAGAAAGGGAGAAUUUUUUUUUUUUUUCGGGGGGGGGGGGAGGAGGAGGAGGCAGCAGGUCUCCGCACACGGCUGUCUCUAUGCGCCCAUGAGAGGCUGAGGAGGGGAAAACAAGGCAGGGGAAAAAAGCAAAAAAAAAAGUGGAGGGGAGACAGUGUUCAAGUUGCCGCAGCUAUGGCGUACCCUCAGGGCUACUUGUACCAGCCGUCCGCCUCCCUGGCCCUCUAUUCGUGCCCGGCAGCCUACGGCACAAGCGUCAUCUCGGGACCCAGAACGGAGGAGCUCGGCCGCUCGUCGUCCGGCUCGGCGUUCGCACCCUACGCCGGAUCCACCACCGCCUCCACGGCGGCCGCCGCCGCCGCCGCAGCCGCAGCGGCGGCCGCCUUUAGCGGCGCCUCGCCCGGCUACAACUCGCACCACUUGCCGUACGGAGCCGACGCGGCGGCGGCGGCGGCGGCGGCCACCUUCACCUCGUACGUGAGCUCCCCCUACGACCACUCCUCGGGCAUGGCCGGCUCCAUCGGGUACCACCCGUACGCGGCGCCCCUGGGCUCAUACCCGUACGGCGACCCGGCCUACCGCAAGAACGCCACGCGCGACGCCACCGCCACGCUCAAGGCCUGGUUGAGCGAGCACCGCAAGAACCCGUACCCGACCAAGGGCGAGAAGAUCAUGCUGGCCAUCAUCACCAAGAUGACCCUGACCCAGGUUUCCACCUGGUUCGCCAACGCCCGCAGGAGGCUCAAGAAGGAGAACAAGAUGACGUGGACGCCGCGCAACCGCAGCGAGGACGAGGAGGAGGACGAGAACAUCGACCUGGAGAAGAAUGAUGAUGACGACGUCACCUCCAAUAAUAACAACUUCAAACCCACCGGAGACAAGACUCAAGAAUCAUCGGAUACUGAAGCAGAUGCCAAAGCGCUGCAGACAGUGGACGUGGGCUGCGAACGCUACAAGGAGGACCUCCUGCACCCCAAGGACGCGGACCCCCUCCUGAGCGAUUCCGAGUCCAAAGACCCGGAGGACUCGCAGGAGCGGACUACGGACUUGUUGUUGGAUUCUUCUUCCUCCUCGUCAGCCUGCGGCGGCGGCGGCGGCAGCAAGCCCACCACGUCGUGCCCACGCACGGCGGGGGCUCCGUCCUCCGACGUGAGCCACGCGCCCACCUCCGUCAUCCACUCGCCCCCUUCGGCCCCCAAGCCCAAACUGUGGUCUCUGGCGGAGAUCGCCACCUCGUCGGACCGGUGCAAAAGCGGCGCGGAGACGCAGCAACUCCAGCGGGGCGAGCAGCAGCCUUGCAGCUCCCCAUCCCGGUCCUCCCCCGGCGUGCUCUCGCGGCCCCUUUAUUACGCGUCGCACUUCUACCCGGGCUACUCGAACUACCACGGGGCCACUUUCGGACACCUCCACGGCUCCGGCCCCAGCAGCACGCCCUCCUCCGCGGCGCACUUCAAUGGAUUAAACCAGACGGUGUUAACUAGAGCCGAGGCUUUGGUGAGGGAGAGCCACAGAGUGAGGGGCCAAACGCAGGUAGAGCUUUGUAAAGACCCCUCUUACGAACUCAAGAAAGGGCUGUGUUCAGUGGCCAUGUUGGCAUCCAUGCAGGGGUUCUCUGCCCUAAGCUGGAGGAGGACGAGGAGCAGGAGGAGGAGAAAGAGGCCAAUGCCAAGACCUGCAGACCGCAGGGCCACAGACGGCCAGACGUGAGAUAAUGUCACCUGGCUCCUCCUUCUCUACGGCUGUUAACCUGACUGACCCGAUGGGCAAGAGAAUGUGGGCACAGAGGAGUACAAUGGGGAGUUUAAUAAGAGUAUAAGUCUCAAAACAGGGGGCUAGGUGGCGAUUAUUAAAUCUGAGGUUGCUGCUGCAUGGAUUCUGCACUGACCAAAUGGGACAAGAUCUGAGGUGGACCACUUCUCCGGAGGCUAUACCAAGGUGGAUUCUGCAUUGACUGGUGUUCCUUCCCUGCCUUCCCCAUCUCGCUGACUGCUCCAGCCACACUGCCAAGCUACCCCACCGUUCCCGGUUCCUGCUCGCUCCUUGUCCCGACGGUCCACCCCCUCACCUUGGAUAUCUUUACCCUGAGCCAACCUGCAAUAAUCCAUUCUAAAUCUACUCCCUCCGCCUCAGUCUGCUCUUGGGUCCAAUCCAACUCACAUCCAACUUCACAUCGUGACAAUUUCGCCAUCUGUUGUCCCUUCUCAAGGUUUCUUCUUUUUUCCCCAAAUGGGAUUUUGGUUUUCCUUGCCCAUUUGUUGGGUUUAGAUCAGAGGAUGUCGCUGAUCUUUGUCAACUGUGGCCCUAUGAAGCCCUUUGAGACUCUUUUGUGAUUAAGUACUAUACAAAUACAUUUGACUUGGCUAGUUAGGCAGUUGACCAAGAGCAGUGCCCACCUAACACUGUGGCCCCUCCUAGGUUUGCUUCAAGCCAGCCCCAAAAAUGAAAAAUAUACAACUCAAGUUGUUUUGGGACUGGUAUUGCUUGGCAAAAUGUUCAAUCAGCACUGUCCCCUUGCCGAAUGGAUUUUGAUGGUUUGAAUGAACAAACCUAGUUGUUUUAGUACUGGUCUUGUCUGGUAAAGUGUUCAGUCAGCACAACACCCUCCCCCACAUUGACGACUGUAGUCCUAGGGGGGCGCAAACUACAGCCCCUCUGAGAAAACAAUUGGCUCCAGGCUGCCCCUCCACUAAUAUUGGUCUUGUACUUCUGCUGACCAAGAGAGGGAGUACAUUGGUACCUUGACUUACGAGUUAAAUUAGUUCACUGACCAAGCUCAAUUUAUUAGUUUCUCAAAUCAAUUUUCUUCAUUGACACUUGUUGAAAUGCCUUUAAUCCAUUCCAACCUCACAAAAAGCAAAGAAAUGUUUUGUUACGUGUUUUUAAUAAAGAAAGAUAGCACUGUAUUGCAGAAAAACAUAAAGCAUCAAAUGCAAAAUGUGUGACUAUUUGCAAAACAAACCCAAUAAAGUUGAUCCAUUUGAACAU